AGAAACGUCAUACUUUUCGCAUCAAAAACUGUUGUAAAGUGUAAUUCCUGUUUCUAAGUUUUCGUUUUAUUUAUUAAUGUUAAUAAAAAUAACAUAUUUUAAGAAUAAAUAAUGUUUUUCGAAUAAAAUAAUAUUGUUCAUGUGCUACUUAAUCAGAUAGCUCAUAGCAUAAUUGAAAAAAAAACAAUAAGAAUGGAGGCGAAUGGUGUUGUUCUUAGUAGUAAUUUAAUAAAAUGGUUACAAACUCUUAAUCUCGUAGCAAAACAUGGAAAUCCUGCAGAACUAUCUGAUGGUGUAGCAAUAGCUGAAGCUCUAAGCCAGAUUGCACCAGAAUUUUUCACUGCUUCAUGGAAUUCAAAAAUUAAAACUGAUGUGGGACAAAACUGGAGACUCAAAGUUAGUAACAUAAAGAAAAUAUUAGAAGGAGUUGUAGAUUAUCAUCAAGAUGUUCUCAAUUUAAGCCUACAAGAGUUUUCACGGCCAGAUGUUGUAAACAUUGCUGAACAUGCAGAUCCAGAGGAUUUAGGGAGACUUCUACAACUUGUGCUUAGUUGUGCAGUCAACUGUAACAAGAAAGAAGAGUACAUCACGCGAAUUAUGGAACUAGAGCUGUCAUGUCAGCGAUCUAUAAUGCAAGCAAUACAGGAGUUGGAAAAUAUUACUUUGGGACAAAUUCGAGCGAGUCUGCCUGUCGAUGGGCCCACGACGGAGCACACGGAUGUUGAUAUGAAAGAGGUUCUUGCUCAGAGAUGUCAUGAACUUGAUGCACAAGUAAAAGCCCUUCAAGAAGAAAAUAUGACGCUAUUAAGUGAAAUGAAGAGGCUCACGGCAGCCCGGGAGGCUGACAACGAGAGCAAAGACGAUCUGGAUGAUGCUGGAGCAUCCUUAGGACCAGCACACGCUGGUACAUUACGGUACAGCAAUAUGCGUAAACAACUGGAUUCUUUGAAGGAUGAGCUGGAUAAAGUGGAGUUACAGAGAGAUGAUCAGAAAGCGAGAGCAGAUGUUCUUGAACGAGAGGUCGCGCUUUUGAAAUUGAAGAAUGAAGAGUUACAGAUAGCGGCAAUUGACAACGUCGCGCUAAAAGACGAAGUUGAUGCGUUGAGGGAAACGGCGGCAAAGGCGGCUGCUUUAGAAGCCACUGUGGCCUCUUACAAGAAGAGGAUGGAGGAACAUGUGGACUUGCGGAGACGGGUAAAACUACUGGAGGUAGCAAACACGGAGCACGUACACCGGGCUAUAGAGUACGAGCAGGCGGCAAAUCGCGCCAACGCUAUUCGGGGACAAUUAGACAUUUAUAAGAAACAGGUAAUAGAUUUAAAUGAGAAGUUAGAUGCUGAAGUAACCAAAGCUGACCGAUUGGAGAUAGAAAACAAGAAACUUAGCAGUCACGUGGCGUCGCUCCAACGAGAGAAAGAAACAUUGCUGCAAGACCGAGACAAACUAAAGGAGACGGUAGAAGAGUUGCGCUUCUCAACUAUUACAUCAGAUGAUAUUGCAAACUCUAGAGCGAAUGAAAAUGUAUCGCAGGAGUUGAUGCCGAACGAUGUUAAAGAGAGAUUAAUAAGGCUAGAACAUGAAAAUAAGUUAUUAAAGCAGAACCAAGGAGCACAGGCUGAUCAGGCUUCAGUACAAACUCUUCUGGAAGACUAUGUGGCUCGUUUGGAGAAGCAGCGAGCGAUGAAUCGCGAGGCGAAUCAACGGAUAAUGCAGUUGGAAGCGGCCAUAGAGGCGCCCCAUCCGAGACUAGCUUCUGCUAUUGAAGAUAAUCAAAGAAAAUCGCUACAAUUAGAAGAGCUGCAAGCGGCGUUAGCUGAAGAACGGCGUCGAGCAGGCAAACUCCAAGAAGCCGUAACAGCACGUGAAGCUGAACUGCUGGCGACGGAAGACAAGUACAAGAAGUGCGUCGAAAAGGCGAAGGAAGUCGUACGCACGCUUAAUCCGAGGACCACGGGUCAACAACCCUUGUCAGAUGCAACUUUGGGAUACUCUCGAGCAAUCACUAGUGCAAGUGGCGCCUGUACGACCGUAGCACGACCUGAAGCCACGCCCCCUAACGCGCAGAGACAUGAGUGGAGCGGGACAGAAGAGAGCCGUGUGUCAGUGAACGAGCAACGGCUAAUGGCGUCCGCGUGGUACGAGCUCGGCGCACGUUGCCAUCGCGAUGCAGUCGAAAGUAAGUUCGCGUUAUUAUCGGCAGGACACUCGUUCCUGGCGAGACAAAGACGUCAACCCCCCAGGCCUAGGCAUUCCCCCGCUGCGCCUGCGCAUUAACCUACAUUGUGUUCCAGGAUCACUUAAAUAUUACGCACAGGCUAUAUUGGUAGAAUUAAUUGGUGUGUAUUUAAAGGAGUUUUGAAAGGGAGAUUAUUGAAAUGCACCUUUUUAAUUUGUUCAAGUAAUAAAUAUCUCAAUCCUGUGAAAUAAGAAACUAAAUGUUUUUCAAGUUUCCGUAUUUCUAAAAUUUCGUGCAUUCAUACUAGUUUUACUAUCUUUCAUGUUAUAUGACUCCGUAUAUUCUUAUGUUGUAAUCUAGAAUGUCAAUCAAACAUGAAUCUAGUUUCAUGAGCUGUCAAACCUUUAUUUCUGCAUGAAGUUUGACAUUUUUGACAGCUAAACGAGCAAAUGGACCUUUAAUAUACCAAUAUAGCAAUUGCAGUGUUGUAAAUUCGAAGUGAUUAAAAUAUACGUUUUUAUUAAAUCUUACAGACAAUAGUUGUAACUAAGUUGUAUUAUAAAAUACGUUUUAUAACUGUUAUUUUUAGAUGCUUAUUUUCUAAUCCCAACAAAAUGUUACAUAUAAUCUACUCUUUAAAAAAAUUGUAAUAGUAGAACAACAGUAACAAUUAAUAUCGACAUUAACUUAAUGAAUUUAUGAGGCCUUUAUAACGCAAAAUAUAAAUAUUUUUUAUGUAAUGAGAGAGUAUUAUUACAUAAACUCAGUGUAAAACGUGAUAGUAACAUAGGUGUUUCUUUGUUUUUAUAUUAAGUUAUCAGUUAUGCCGUAACUUAUUUUUUUUUUAUUCUCACGUACGUAUAUUUUCAAUUAAAAUUUCAGGGUUUUUAAUGAUUGUCUCAAAAUCGACUUGCCAAUAAAUGCAAUAAUAGUUAUUUUCAAAUUAUCAAAUAACAAUUACGCUCAUGUUAAUCACAUUAUUUUAGUUAUAUAGAAUGUUAAAAUUAUAUGUAAGCUAUUUGAUAAAUUAUACUAAUAGGGAAGUGUUCGUUAGUAUAAGAUGCGUUGUCAAUUCAAUAGUUGCUGGUAAAUUAUGAUUUUGAUCGCUUCAAGUGUUAAGUUUCUUUGGCACACGGUAGAAACUAACGUUCUAGAUAAAACAGCAUCUAAAGAUGAUUAUAGACUUGUGUAAUUAUUACGUUUAACUUUUCUUUACAACAAAACCUUAAGACCUAUACUUUUAAAUAAAGUUUAGAACAAUAUUGAUCAAUUCAACAUUUUUUUUAUAUUAUAAUAUUUUCGCCAUUUAAACAGCCAUUGUUGCUAACAAUGAAGAAGUAUGUACUUUUGUGAUCACAUCCACCUAUAUCAGAAUUAUAGUGUAAAAAGUAAUGCUUAAGUGUAAGUACCUCAUUUGAAAUUAUCCCAUCUGUACUAUAUAAGCAUCAUUUAAUGAUAUAAUUGUAUCGACUUGUAUUGGAUUAUUGUUUAUAAAUAUUGUUUAUCUUUACGUUUAUAUGAUUUUGAUUCAAAUAUUUUAUCAUUGGUUUUAAUAAAUUUUCCUACAUAA